UUUUUUUGGGGAAUGCAGUGGUUACAUUUCUGAAAUGAGGCAACCUCAAUGACGAAGGCGACCGAUUAAGUGACCUCCGGAGGGCGCAGCCACACAGAAGUUACUCUUAUCGCCACAAAAGUUGAAGAAGCCCGCUGACAUAGGGUGGAAUUCCCCAUAGCUAUAUCCAGCCGACAACAUUACCUGAAACACUGAAUAUCACCACUAAUAUAUAAAUAGAUAUAUUUGGCUGAUAUGGCUUGCGAAGCCUCGCUGGAUGACCAGAUUGGAGAAGCACUCUUAAUAGGGGUGGUAAGACAUGAGGUGAUGAGCGUGGCAGCCGAAAUGCAUGCAGCCCCGCCAGCCCUUCCUGAAGCUAGACCAAUAAGCAACUGCCAGGACCAGAAGCUUGUUGAACAGUUGGCGGAGACCAUCAAAAUGAUUGGUGAUAGGCUCGAUCAGGAUAAAUCAUUCAAUGACAUGAUUGAUGGCUUAGUAAAAGUGGCUGAUAAAAGAAGUUUCUGGGAACUUGUGGAGAAGGUUUUCACAGAUGGCCAGAUCAACUGGGGGAGAAUUAUAGUGCUGUUCUAUUCAGUUGGAAAACUGUCUGGAAAGAUGGUCCUUGCACACUUACCCACAAUUGUUUCAGAUAUUUUGAUCUUAAGUCUGGAUUACUUCAGGAGGAAUCUGUUGGAAUGGAUUCUCAGAAUGGGAGGAUGGAUGCACAGUAUCCCUGCGCUGGCCUGUUUCUCCUUUGAGCAGUUUUCUGGUUCUUCACUAAGUAAAUAUUCUUCCUAUUUCGGAGCCGCAUUGGCCUUCACUGGUGGACUACUGCUAGGUGGCUUCAUCGUCCUGAAAUUUCCAAGAAAUAGCUAAGAGAAAGAAAAUGAAGAUGCUGCAACUAAAGUGUCCAUAACACUGAACUUGAGAGAAAUCAUGUAG